GCCCCGUGCCGAUCAGCCGCUGCCGGGAUGCCCGCCCAUGCGACCGCUCAAGGAGAAGGAGGGAACGAGUCCCUCGGGCCCUGCCAGGGGCGGCCUCCUGCUCCGAGCGCGGCAGCCCGGGCGCGCGCGGCCGCUGCCCCUACCCGACAUGGCGGCCGGGCGGCUUCCGCCGUCGCGCAGCCGCUUCCGGCGCACGAGCCUGGUUCAAUCCGCGCUCGACAACUGUCUAGGAGCGAGGGCGGGCGGCACCGCCAGCCAAUGGGGAAGGGCAGCGUGGAGCCGCCCGUCUGGGCUCUGAGGCGCGGGGACCAAUGGGGACGCCGCGUGUGGGAGGGGGCGUGGGGCCCCGCCAAUGGGGAGCCGCGGCCUGGCCCGGAGGCGACGCGGCGCGACGGGCGCGGUUCAGUCGGGCGGCGGCGGCGGCGGCGGCGGCCGAGGAGGAGGAGGAGGAUGUGGGCCGCGCGCGGGCUGGCGGUGGCGCUGGUCUUGAGCGUGCUGCCGGGCGGCCGGGCGCUGCGGCCGGGCGACUGCGAAGUUUGUGUCUCUUAUCUGGGAAGAUUUUACCAGGACCUCAAAGACAGAGAUGUCACAUUCUCACCGGCCUCUAUUGAAAAAGAACUUAUGAAGUACUGCCGCGAAACCAGGGGCAAAGAGAAUCGGCUGUGUUACUACAUUGGGGCCACAGAUGAUGCAGCCACCAAGAUCAUCAACGAGGUGUCAAAGCCCCUGGCCCACCACAUCCCUGUGGAGAAGAUCUGUGAGAAGCUCCAGAAGAAGGACAGCCAGAUCUGUGAGCUGAAGUACGACAAGCAGAUUGACCUGAGCACAGUGGACCUGAAGAAGCUCCGAGUCAGAGAGCUGAAGAAGAUCCUGGACGACUGGGGAGAGACGUGCAAAGGCUGUGCGGAGAAGUCGGACUACAUCCGCAGGAUCGACGACCUGAUGCCCAAAUAUGCCCCCACGGCGGCCAGGUCACGGACUGAGUUGUAGUUGGCGGAUCCCUGCUACACCUGAGGGAAAAAACAGUUCAGCUGUGUCUUCCCCAAAAGCCUUUUGUAACUUAUUUUUAGGUGGGCUCCUGGCCCUAUCAAGUGUGAAGCCUGGGGCUUUCCUGAGGAUGCUGACUGUACAGCGCCCCCAAGGGGGGCUGUUUCCUUCUGUUGCUGGUUUACUCUAGGACUUCAAAGUGUGUCUGGGAUUUUUUUAUUAAAGGAAGAACAUUUUUAGCUGUC